AUGUCAGGAUCCGGACCACACAGAGUAUUUUACAAAGGUGAUGAAGCUGAUUUCGUUAUCUUCAUUGAAGACACUGAUUUAGUUGAAAAAUAUAAGAAGGGAGAUACAACAAUCCCAUUGAUCGAUAUUGUUGGAAUCUACAAAGUUUUUAUUAAUAGACAAGGUGGCAAUGAAGGUGUAUUAGAUGAAGCUUCCAAGCAAGAAUUAACUUUACAAUUCGGCAAAUCUGAUGUUGAUGAAAUUAUCAAGAUAAUCUUGAAAGAGGGAUCAGAUAAGAGUGGUACCCACUUGGGUAGAGGGGGUGCAUCCAAGAAUGAUUCAAUUGGUAAUACCUUUGUCAAUCACUAA